CUCAACUGACGACGGGCUUUGAGACCGCAGAAUGGCCGACGAAUUGGGGGACCUCCCUAACGGUCCAGGCGAUAAUACCAUUGCUGAAUUUGGUACUUAUGAAGAAUAUCUUGACAGUCAAAUUACUGCUAUAGACUUGUAUUACUUGGAAGACAAAGAACUAGCACGACAGCUGGUUGAACUGGGAUACAGAGGUUCAGGCGAGCCCUUGAAGAGGGAAGAAUUCGAAUCGAGAAAGAAGGCGGCAGAGAAUUUCCGAUUGUCGAAACGGUUAGCGACUAAAGUCCUGGCAUCCCAGGGAAAGGAUCUAUCGAAAUCUCUCUUUCUUCAAGCCCUUGCAGAUAGGGAAGAAGCCAACAGAAGUGGGAAACUCACUUCCAUAAUUUUCAUACGAACCCGCAACAACAAGUCGCAAGAGAUAUCCGGCUACAUUGAUUACGCUUAUCGCUUAAAGACCGAGAAUUUCGAACCAUACUUCUCGCGUGCAAAAGUUUUGAUGCCCCGCCCAUCUGACAUGAGCUUUUAUAAUUGGGAGACGCAAACCUGUACGAGUAAUGCCACCCCAAAUUUUCAGGUGAUUGCAGACAAUGAGAACGGACUCUUGUUUAAAAAUAAAAGAGAUAGGAAAAUCAUAAACGUUGACCCGAAGGAGCCAAAACCAGGUGAUAACACGACGCGAACAGAAAUUGAGACCGAUGAGCACACACAGGUGGUCAUAUACGACCAUUUGACACGGCGUAAAACUUGAGAUUGUCGCCGGUCUAAAUAAAAAGGGAUCUCAAAUGUUUUCGAAAUCUACAUUUUCCAUUGAUCCUAAGAAGUAUCUGCACUCCCAGUAGAGGAAGGAGUCCCUGCCCGUGAUACGCGCGCAGGACCUCUUCCCGGUCGAGUCGGCCGUGCAAACGCACGCUUCGUCAUUCCUGGUGUACCCUGUUGUUUCGGGUAGAGCUCUUCUGUUAAAGUGGCUUCAUCCACCUCGUCGACAGAGUCAACCUCGAACUAUAUUGAAUUUAAUAAUCAGUUGGUCGUCCAUUCAUACGAAGAAGUAAUUUCCAAGUUACCUUUUUUACCACAUUUAACUGCAAUUCACCUUCUACAUACGCAACAACGCUGGCACGAGAAGAGGAAUACAGCAUGCGCUCCUUCACUUUCGACUCAGGCGGGCAAACAUAAAUGAAGACUGUUAUAGUUUAGUAAUCAGCGAAGUG